AUGUUCAUGACUCCUUCCACAGAGACCUAUAUGCAGACGCAGACGCAAGACCAAAAUCAAAACACCAAAAAAACCCAACGACUUCCAUUUCGGAGUUCAUGUGACCCCUGCGCAGCAUCGAAGGUACGCUGCACCAAAGAGCAGCAAGGUUGUUCCCGGUGUGUUCAAAAGGGCCUCAAAUGCGUCUAUGGACGAUCGCGACGAAAGGGUAAACCGCCCUCCAACAAGACUGCCUCCGCCCAUGCGCCUCUCAAUCCUCCGUCUUCGCAAGUCCCGGUAUCUCCUCCAGCUCUCCCAGCUCCGACUCCACCAUCCUGGUCCACGGGUCCGAAUCAUCACCAACCCAACUAUAACCACAGCUGUAGUUGGUACCGGUCUACAAACCCGAUCGAAUGGGAAAGAAGAACAAGAAAUAGCUUGAAUCUCAGCUUGACUCCCGGCUUGACUCCCCAUCAAUCACCACCAGACGACGAUGCAGGGAUCUCGCAUUUGCCAAUGCCAGGAUUUCCUUGGCCUGAUAUGGCCGGGUCAGAUCCAAUGGUGACCGAUGGCGACAACCUCAGUUUCCUUCCAGAGAUUAGAGAGAUAGACGACGAGAACGGAGGUGCCCAGGAACGAGACGAAGUGCGACAGGACCCGGAAGAUGAUCAAAAUCUUCCGCACACUAGUAGCUAUCACUAA